UCACUGUCAUUCAGAAUGACAAUUUGAACACGAUGACAUCUCCAACAGUUAUUGUCUACCUGACAUGUCUGGUCCUGGGGGAAAUUGCAUGGACAGUUUCUCCAAAAUUGUCUCCAUCAGUUCGUCAUGAGAGACGAGAAGCUGGGGAGAGCUUGACUUUAACAUGUGACUUCAAAGGCGAUCAGUCUUCCACACGAGUUUAUUGGUACAAGCAAACAAUCGGAGAUAAAUUAAGGCUUGUCUCUGAAUUCUACAAAUAUGUAGGAGCUAUUCGUUCUGAUGGUGAAUUUAAAGACAAUCCCCGCUUCACACUGGACGCUCAAAAUGGUCAAUAUAACCUAACCAUCUCAGAUUUGAACAUGUCAGACUCAGCUACUUACCACUGCAUAAGCUGUUUUUCCCGCGCAUUAAAAAUUCAGGAAACCGUGAUUGUCAGUGUAAAAGGUCCAGGAGUGAACAUCCCAGCUGUGGUCCAUCAGACUGCAUCAGAGACCAUCGAGCCAGGAGGCUCUGUGACUCUGAACUGUACAGUCCACCCUGGGACCUGUAAUGGAGAACACAGUGUUUACUGGUUCAAAAACUCUCACCCAGGAUUCAUUUACACCCAUGGAGGCAAGAAUGAUCAGUGUGUGAGGAAAGCUAACUCACAAACAAACACCUGUACCUACAACUUGCCAAUGAAGAACCUAAAUAUUUCUAAUACUGGGACGUACUACUGCGCUGUCGCUUCAUGUGGACACAUUCUGUUUGGAAACGGGACCAAGCUGGACUCUGGAGAUGGCCUGAACUCUCCUGCCUUGGUGUAUUUCUUGAGUGGAGCUUUGAUAUUUGCGACCAUCCUGAUAGUCAUCAUGGCCUUCUUACUGUACAAGAUGAACAAAAGAAACCGUCUCCUAUCUCAAGAGGCUCAAGCAAGAUUUUCUGCUCCUGCCAUAAGAAACCAUGAGGGUCACAGAGAAGCAGACAACCUCUUCUAUGCCACUGUUAACGUUAAUCUGCCCAACACAUCGAGAAGACAGAGAAACACAACCAAAGACGAGUGUGUGUACUCCAGCGUAAAGCAGUAGAAGUCAAUUGUUUCUUUGUUACUAUUUCAGCUUGGCUUGGUUUUGUAUUGUAUUUUAGAAGACUUGUAAACUUUGUGAAUCAAAUGUCUUUGAAUGUUUAAUUUCUUUCGCCCUUAACUGUAUGUUUUUUUAAAUCAAUUUUAAGUGAUAAAGUAUGAACAAGCAUCAUUCUCUGAUUUAAUUUUUUUUUACCAAAGUACCCUUUUUUUACCCAGCUAAACAGGUUAAUUUGGGGGCUUUUAUGCAUUUAUUUAGUGGACAGGAGAGUGGACAGAGUAAGAAAUCGGGGAGCGAUAUGAAUAACAUUCAGAAAAGGAGCUAGAGGUUUUACUCCAAACUGUUACUCCCCUCCUAGAGGACUAUACCCUCUGUACAUGAAGCAUGCAACCUAGCUGUUCGGCAAACCGUUGCUUCUUACCUAAGCAGCAGCCGUCAGUGUUGAAGUAGGAGUCAAUGUGGAAUUGCAGAAACCUGCAGUUCCUCCAGUGUCCACUGGAGGCUGGCUGCAGGAGCCCCUAAAGUCACAAACACAACCAUGUCAACAAAUAAAGAAAUAAACAUGAUUACAGUCUGGUUCAAUAAAUGAAAGUGGUCUGAAUGGCUUGUCUUUAAUGGCACACACUGUACCGGGGGGGAUUCUUUUCAUAACUCAUGUGUUUUAGGAGUUAUGAAGUGUAAGACACAAAUUGUUUCAGCAGGUGUCACCUUUGGGUUCAGGCCAAACUCUUUACAGGGUGUCACAAGAGCAAAAACAUUUGACAAUUUGGACAAUUGUUGGAAUCUUGCAAAGCGUGUAUAUUAAUAAAUUAGCCCAUCUAUGUAGCUCCUCAGUGGCUUUAAGUUCAGGCUUAGCCGCUAUAAUGUGGCAAAAUAUGCUAGUUUCCUGCAUUCCCGGAGUAGCGCCGGAAGAUUGGAUGGAUGGGUAGGACUUGAAAGCACAGAACAGAUCAGUUGGAAUUUUAAGAGGAUGAAGAAAGCCGACUUGAUUAGGUGUUGAGGCUCCCUGAGCAGCUGCCCGAGUGAGCAGUAGG